AUGGCGGAAUUGCUCGGCCUGAUUCCCGCCGGGCUGAAUAUCGCUUCUACAAUUGUGCAGUUUGCAAUAGCCAUUCGCGACGGCAAGCUCUCCGACAACCGGGACGCCCGCAAGUUCGCCGACUACCUCGAGAGGCUUGUCGAAGCCCUGCAAAAUCUUGGCUGUUUGCGCGAGGACGCUGACGACCGAAUCACACGAACAUUCCGCUCUGAAGUUAUGAGUAAGGAGCGCCGUGGCUGGGCCACUCUCCACAAGAUCAAUGUCACACUCGUACCCCUAGACAACCGCGACAAACAGCGCAGGAAGAAGGUAUUCAUGAACUUCUUGACUGGCAACGCUGGUCGCGAGGUCGACGAAGCCAACGGAAUCUUGGUGCAACACAUUCUGGAGGUCAAAGAAUGCCACCGUGACCUCAACCACGCGCUCGUUGACAUCAACCGCACCGACAGCCUGACCAACAUCUCCGCCAUCACGCUGUCACAAUUCACAUCGACGUCCACACUUCAGCAGCCAAAAUUUUGGCCUUUAAUUGAAGACCUUAUCAGCGGCCCGGCGGCGGAUGCAUUUCAGCCGUGA